AGAGAGGCGGAAGGAGUGCUUUACCGCAGUAUCACUAGACUUCUGCACCACUCAUCAAAACUCUGCGGCAUGCAGCGAAGGGCUGGGGGGAGGGCAGAUAUCAGGUCUACGCCAGUGAGCAGGAACGCGACAUCGUUAUUUCACUAGCCUUCUUUCUCGGACCACAUCGUCUAAAGAAGUGUUCAUACUUCAGUAGAUCCGUCUAAUUACCUCCUUUAAUCCCAUACCUGCAGAUCUCUCUCUCUCUCUCUCUCUCUCUCCCUCUCUGCUCCACUGCUUGGCCAAUUGUUCCCAUCCGCAGCGCGGCGCGUUUACUUGAAUUUAGGGGUUCGAACUUGUAUGACAAAAUGUCAAAAGAUGCAGAGAAAAGCACGUGGAAGGAGUAUAUAUGGAAUCCGAGGACGAGGGAGUUCCUGGGCAGGACGGCUAGCAGCUGGGGUCUUAUUCUUCUCUUCUAUGUAGUUUUCUACAUCUUCCUUGCCGGCUUGUUUGCACUCACCAUGUAUGUCAUGCUGCAGACUUUGGACGACCACAAACCAACCUGGCAAGACAGGCUCUCCACUCCAGGCAUGGUGAUUAGACCCAAAGCAGAUGAGACCUAUGAGAUUGUCUAUGACAUCCAGAGCACUGAGACCUGGGACAUGUACGCUCAGGCCCUGGACAAAUUCCUGAUACCCUACAACAACUCUGUCCAGGCUGAGAAGAAUAACGAGUGCACGCCAGACCAGUACUUCCUGCAGGAGGACAGCGGCGAUGUGAAGAACAACCCGAAGCGCUCCUGUCAGUUCAACCGCACCAUUCUGGAGGACUGCUCUGGAAUCAAUGAUCGUUACUAUGGAUACCAGAAGGGCCAGCCAUGUAUCAUCAUCAAGCUGAAUCGGGUAAUUGGGAUGCUGCCAGGGGUGAAUGGACAGGCUCCGUUUGUCACCUGUGCUGCAAAGAAAGAAGACUCUGACAAAAUUGGAGAGAUGAUGUACUUCCCUGAAAAUGGCACUUUUAACCUCAUGUACUACCCUUACUAUGGCAAGAAAGCUCAGGUGAACUACUCUCAGCCUUUGGUUGCCGUUAAGUUCCUUAACAUUACUACCAAUGAAGAUGUCAACGUUGAGUGCAAGAUUAACGCCAACAACAUUCCCAUUGGAAGUGAAAGAGACAAGUUUGCCGGAAGAGUUUCUUUCAAGCUGAGGAUCAACACUAUCUAGGUUGACCCUUUUCCUCUCCUGAAAACUACUUUCUUCCCUCUCUGCAACAUUGCACAUAAACAGAAACAAAUGUCAGUAUUCACACCCUUUGUAGGAAUUGUUUACAACCACCCCAAAUGUUGGAGGAAAUUGUUGGUCCAGUUGUGUGGUGAUCUGGGGCCAGAAUAAAAGGGUGGUAGUGCUGUCAUUCUUUCUGUCUGUGUGCUUUGAGACAAAUUCUUUUCUGUAAAUUAGUUUCAGGUGAAGUCUAUUUAUACUGCAUGAAAAGCUAGAGGAUGAAAAGGAUGUGAACAUGUGUUUCCAAAGUUUGCAAGGAUCAGCAACAUUAACACUUUAUUGCUGCUCCCCUCCUGCUGCCGCAUCAUAGAGUAACCCUCUAUAAAUAUACACAACUUACAAUACAACAUGUGUAUACCUACAGUAUUUAUACGGUAUCAUAACCUUAUAUCUGUACGUCUAUUUUGUUGCACUUCAAAGAAUAAUCCAACUGAGUUGCAUAUAUCUUGAUGGGUGGAUGCAGAGAUGAAGCCAUUUUGCAUGUGUGUAUUGUCUUUAGCGUGCUAUGAGGGCAGGAGGCCCCUAUGUCCCACCUCACUGCUAUGUGUGAAACAAACUAAUGGUAAACUACAGACCACCAGGAGGGGCCACACUGUCAUCUACUGAACCUUACACAUAGCAAGUGUGUAUUUCUGAGAAUAAUACUGUAAGAUUGACAUCUCAAAAAACAGGGAGUUACAGGAGAGGUAAAAACCUUUAAGAUUGUGUAUGCUUGUGUGUGCGUGCGGGUGUGCGUGCGUGCGUGCGUGUGUGUGUGUGUGUGUGUGUGCUCCUUUUACGGGUUCCAUUUCAUACGGUAGGUCGGGAAGUUGCAUGCGAUGUGCAAUAUUCAUUAAGUGGCAUACAUUAUGAAUGCCUGAGUCUGUUCUUUGGAUAAGACGACUUUCAUUUAAUAAUCAUAAUCAUUUGAUAUUCAAACGGGUGGUUUGACCUGAGAGCACCAUUUGAAACGGAUGUCAUUCAUAUUUGGGUUCCAAUUUCAGAUCAACAAUUAUGAAGGCAGACGUCUGUCGCGCUUCAGACAUCUUCUCAACGUCACCUUAAUUGGACAAAAAAAACCACAGCUGCCAAUCAGCAAGUGGCUAAACAGGACAGUAAUGCUCCGCAGGCCUUCAACCCACUGCGUGAAUAUCAAAUGAAAACAGCAAAACGGAUACUCCUGCUGCACGAUGACACUGUGUCUAUCAAUUUAUUCCUAAAGCUGAACCGAGAGCUCUUUUCUUGUGUCUCCAUUUGAAUUCAUUUAAACACAAAUAUUUACAGUGUAUAUAUAUAUACAUGUUUCAUUUAUUGCAUCUAUUUCACAUGUAUCAGAAAUAGAUGCCAUAGUUGGUUUUUGCCCCACAUUUCACUCUUACGUGUAGAAUAUCCAGCCAGAAGAUCAAAAGGUAUAGUUUACAUAUUAUUUUAAUGGUUACUAGAGUCUUUGAAUAUGUAAGUUGGUAGUUUUAUUGUCCUGUAGGAAAUUAACAAAACAAAUGUACUUCCUUGAAUAAUAUUUGUUAACUUUUGGUUUUCUUGAGGUGUUUUCCACCGUUGUAUGUAACAGUCCAAAUGCAAAACAAUCAUAACUAGACAACCGACCUGUUGAAAAAGCAUAGGUGAGACCCAGAGUUUGAUGCUGUUUACACAAACGUUAAUUUAUUUUCUAGUACAAACCAGAAACACCUGCAACUGUUGGUUGGCAAAAUCUGACCUCAUUCUCUGAUCCAGUUGACAUAGAAAGACAGUUGGAUCUGAUGUGAUUAUCUGAUUUACAUUUGCAUGGUUAUUCAUCAUGACGGACACAAACAGUCAUCAGAGGCUCCUUUUUGUGACCAUCCACCGAGCAGUUCAUGUGUUUCUCCUCUGGCAUUCUUACAACACUUACUUAAUCUCUUAAUCUGGUCUCACUAAUCCAGAGCAGGAACGCUCAACUUCUUUACCCUACUUUGUUGCUCCUCCUCCUCGUGUCAAACGCUUGAAUCACUGUCUUCAAAAUAUACAAAGCGAGGCUCAUUCUAAAAAAAAUGCAUUCAAUCCUAUUUUACCCUAAUCAUUCGUAAAUUGAACCCUAUUAUAUCACAUCAUGGCAAAUCAAAUCUUCUGCUUCACGACCCUAAUUGGCCACUCUCGUUUUACUCAUGUGCAUGUGGAGAUUAGUUCUUCAACCAAAGACCUUCAUGGCAGUUUAAAUUGAAUUUGUUUGUGCUGCACUGACAAAUCCUCAGCAGAGAUACUGUAGGAUCCAAGCGUUAGGCACUCUGUGUUAUUUAAAGGUCCACCCUUACAUAAUAAUGAUAAAAAUAAUAAUAAAAACGAUUCGGCACAAAAGCAACGUGUUUCACUACAACAUAACAGUGCCUCCUGGUGGACAGACAGUGUUAUUACCCAGUGUCCCAGAAUGUUAUUUCCUGUUAUCUCCAUUUAUAUGGGGUUUUUUUUUUUUGUGAUAAUUUGGAGAUGUCCUAUAAAAGCAAUAUAUUUAUUUCUUGUGGGGCUGUAUGUUUUUGUAUUUAUUAGAAAGGCUGUAACUAAGUUGGUUUAUCACCAAGAGCCUGAUAUACAUACAGGGAAGAAAGUAAAGAUACACGCAGUCAGGCAAGUUUGCCAGUGUGCAUUAUCAUGACGGAAUAUGAAAAGUGUUUUAUUUAUAAAAGAGUAUUUUUAUUGUUAUUUUGUGGAGAGAAUGUAUGUGGGAGCUAUCUUAUAACUGUUCUGCAUUCCAUUCAACAAAUGGCAAAAUGUUAGCAGCUUGGUUGGAAACAUCUUGAUGUAGAAACUUAUUUUGAUAUGUUUAGGUCUUGACUACUACUGAUUGAUUAGUUAUUUGAGGACGUUAAAAGAUUGAAAUGAAAGUUCUCGGAAGUCCGGGGUCUGUGUUUCAGCAGUGAGACACAGUGAUUAAAGUACAUUAAAAGUAAAUACUUCAUAAAGAACUCAAUGGCAAAACCUUCAUGAACAUUUGAGACCAUCACUUGCACAAUGCAAAUGUCAGAGAGAGAUUACAUUAUUCACGUUUAAAAUAAGGCAUAAAUUCAACAAACCUCCUUUUCCCCACUUAACCCCUUGUCUUACAUCGUUGUAUUGCCUGAGACUGCGGUGUAGGUAUAGUUAAAAAGAGAAAUCCAUGAAAUUCUGUUGACAUACUCUUGCCCCAAAAAGAUGAUGAUUCUAUUGUGGAACUUCAUUUUUUUUGUUGCUCCUACUGUAUGUAUAUUUUUGCUCAUGUUUACUGCAAACCAAGAUAGAUAAAUAAAUAAAUGUCAUUUAAGGGAAA